AUGCCUUUCAAGCCUUUUGCACAUCUUGCUCGAGUUAGCGUUGCAAAGGGUAUCGCUCACACCUACGCUCCCUCGGUUGUUGCUGCUGGUCAGUCUCUGGGGCAAUUUCAAAAUUAUCCUGUCGCAAAAUUCACAAAGACCGCGCAACUUCAAAAUGCCUUUGCAGGUCCUUCGGGCUCCGGCGCUGGAGCAAAGGCUGGGUACACCUCUCAGUCAUCCAGCGGAGAUGCUGGGUUAGCCCAGUACUACGCAGCCUGGCAACAUGCGCAGCAGACAGGGGAUGACUCUGACUGGAAACAACAUCAGUUUGCUAGAAGAAUAGGAUGGAAACAUCAGGACAAGGUGAUUCCGCCAAAGCACCAGCGACUCGACUCCCGCGCUGUUGGUCUGCUUCGUCCCACGCCUCGGCCACAGAUCUCGCGUGUCAACAGUGAACGCGCCACUCCGGUGGUUCAAGAGGCGGAAGAAAAUGUUGUCGAGACCGUAGCGGUGGACCAGGCAGAACUCCAACUCCAGGAUGUGAAAGCACCAUCGCCGUUGGAAGAGCCUGCAGCUCGCGAACAAGAGGUGGCUAGUCCAGUUGUCAAGUCGAGCACCGUUGUUUCGACGGUCGACGAGACCAACACCGAAAUUGAGUCUUCUUCUUACACUCAGGACCUUUCAACACCUCCAACAGAUGUCGCGUCCUCUGCUUCUGAAGAGGUGUCUCUUUCCGAGCAGAUCGUCCUUCUAGGUCAGCAAAAUCGGUACGCAGAAAUUCCUGCCGUCUUUGAAGCGAUCAUCAAGGAUGGUCACGUGCCAACUGUCGAUGCGUACAAUCAUAUCCUGGUCUCAGCCAUCAGUCUGAGCACUGGUUAUCAGCCAUGGCCGAGGGCGCUCGAGGUGUACGGUGACAUGACGAGACGUGCUGUCAAACUGAAUGCCACCUCAUAUUCUAUUCUUCUGCAGUUUUUGGCAGCCAGAAGCCUUGAGGCUCAUGAAGUACAAAAGCUUGUUGGAGAGCGAGCAUCUCGGUAUGGUCACGACGGUACUCCAGUCUUCCCAUCGGCUACCAGACAGCAGCAGCUGUAUGCGGCUGACACCUCGCUUGCCUUUGCCACCAAACUUUACAACAUUGCCCGUGCGACCCUGCCAGAUUUCCGCCUUCCCAAGUCCGUUUACAAUGCUAUGGUCAAGGCCUGUGCCCAAGCCGGAUUGGUCGAUCAUAUGAACCACCUUCUGGCCGACAUGGGUGUCCAUGGCAUACAACUUGACCCUCGAUUGUAUACGGUCGUCAUUGAUGCUCAGGCCUUGAAGCAAGAUAUGCAUGCCGCUCAAGCAUUGUAUGAAGAAUACCGCGAUUUGGCUAUCCAGCGAGCCGCCAAUGAUCCUCUGGACAUGCAGGUGUAUGCCUCAUUGAUCAAGGCAUACUAUUCCUGUGGUCUUGCCGACACCGGCCGCCAGUUUUAUGAGAAGGUACUACAGUCGUUCAAGGGCUCGGUCCACGAGCAGGCGCUUUCAGAGGAAUUGACGAACGCGUUCCUCCUGAACGGCCUCGUCGCCUACCACGUUGAACAACGGUCAUACUCCGCAGCCAUAUCCAGCAUCAAUGAGUUUACUUUGCCGCCCAUGAUCAAGGACCAGGCCUUGUCGAAGGUCUGCAUUGCCGCUGCGGAUGCUGGAAGCGCAUCUGAGGCUCUAAGAAGCUUCGAUGCCAUUUCCGUGUCCAACCUGAAAGCCGAGCCCGUCAUGGCCCUCGCGGCGAUGCAUAUCCGUGCUGGUGAUGUCGCUCAGGCAAAGUCGACCUGGAACAAGGCUCGCCCGCUGUCGAUCGUCCCGAGCACGGAUUUCGCUGCCAUGUACGGUCUAGCCCUGAUCAAUGCUGGCGCAGUUGAAGAAGGUGUCGCUGAAGCACGGUCAAUGUUCCAACGCAUCCGAGCUGGCGCCGACAGCCAUGUCAGUCGUCAAAUGGCCGUUUCAGAAAUCGACGAAGCCAUUCUGCUCUUCGGCGAAGCUCUUUCUCAGCAACAAGCUGUGGUCCCAGCACCAACCAGCGUGUCUUUGCUGAGGGCGAUGAUCGAAAAUGGUGGUCUUGUUUCUCCGGUUGCUCAACAAGCAAUUGCUAGCCUCGGACCCGAAUGCGUUCACCAGCUCAAUGCUCAGGACAUUGCUCUGGCGCUUCAUGUCCAGGCUCAGAUGCUGCUGUCUCCGGAGACCGUCGAUAUCGCCCACGUGGCCCGGUUUUCACACUUACUCGAAACCGUCCUCAACCGUGGCAUUUUGAUGGACCCUUCAACGGUGCAUGUCGUGAGCGAGAGCCUGCCCAAAGUUGGCGCUGCCCGCCCAGACCUACUUCACCGAUGGCAGCAACUCCUUCACCCAGCUCCUCCGACCUCUGUUGUCAACAUACAGCCUCAAUCGCCAUUGUCACCUCACUCUGUCGUGUUGGAACCCGCAGCUGUCGUGGACACAUACGAUCCGUACGGUCACACCACCGACUACCGUGCAUCCAAGGCAAUCUCCGAAUUGGUUGAAAGCACCAGCGGCCGGAUCGAAAAUCAUCUCCACGACGGUCUUGCUCGGUUGAGAAAUGUUCGACGUGCCGGUCGGAACCUGCACUAUUCUGCCUAUGCCAAACUCAUCACUGCUGCCGGCAAAGCCAAAUCACCCAAACUGGUUCACGACAUCUUGGGCAUGGCACAAGCUGAUGUCCCCAUGUCUCUGCAGAUCCCCGCGGUCCGCAGCGGAUGGAUCUCCAUCUUGGACUCGAUGGUUGCAGCCUGCUUGACUGUUGGCGAUCGAGAGCAGGCCGCCAAGUAUCACCAGGAACUUCUCGAUAUGGGUGCAGCUCCGUCCGCCAAUACCUUUGGAAUCUAUAUCACGACUCUUGAAGGGACAUUCGAUGAGGCCACCGAGGCAGUCAAGAUCUUCCAGCGUGCGCUUUCCGAGGGAGUCACCCCCAGUGUCUUCCUGUACAAUGCUGUCAUCGGCAAACUAGGCAAAGCCCGUCGCAUCGAUGACUGUCUUCGCUACUUCGGUGACAUGGAAGGUCGUGGGAUUCGUCCAUCAUCCGUCACUUAUGGUACGUUGGUCAAUGCCCUGUGUCGGACCAGUGAAGAGCGAUUUGCCGUGGACAUGUUUGAUGAAAUGGAAGCGGCGCCGAAUUAUCGACCUCGACCCGCUCCAUACAACUCCAUCAUCCAAUAUUUCCUCAACACCAAGCGCGAUCGGAGCAAAGUCUUGCAAUACUAUGAGCGGAUGAAGUCAAAGAACAUCAAACCGACGUCUCACACGUACAAGCUCCUGAUCGAGUCCUAUGCCACCCUUGAGCCGGUCAAUUUCGCCGCUGCUGAAGCGAUUCUGGCGGACAUGAAGCAGGCCGGAGUGCAGCCCGAAGCGGUCCACUAUGGGUCAUUGAUCCAUGCCAAGGGCUGUGUGUUGCAUGACCUCCCGGCGGCCAAAGCGAUUUUCGAUACGGUUUUGCAUGUCGAGAAGAUUCGGCCAACCGAUACUCUAUACCAGAACUUGUUGGAAGCGAUGGUGGCAAACCACGAAGUUGCCAAUACUCCAGAGGUGCUGUCGGAUAUGGCAAAACGUGGAGUGUCCAUGACGCCCUACAUUGCCAAUACAUUGAUUCAUGGCUGGGCUGGAGAAGGUGAAAUUCAAAAGGCCAAAUCCAUCUACGACCAACUUGGCAUGGAGAAGCGCGAGCCGAGCACAUACGAAGCUAUGACUCGAGCUUUCCUGACUGCCGAUGACCGCGCGAGUGCCAGCGGCGUGGUACAGGAGAUGCUGAAGAAGGGUUACCCGGCUGCCGUAACGGAGAAAGUCCUUGCGCUGGUUGGAGGAGUGACUGCAUAA